ACGGGCCCAGGAGCUCUGAAGCUGGCCCAACGCUUGUUGGUCUUGGAUGGUCCGAGGGAAGCCGUGGUGCCUGGGGCAGCAUGAAAGGGUUCUUUCACGGGCCUCUGGGGCAGUGACGCCGGAGACAGGCAGGCAGGCAGCAGUGUCCGACCGUGAAAUGGCUCUGGCACGGAUGGCGGCCCCUGGCCUCCUGCUCCUCCUGGGGUUGUCUGGGGGGGCCUGGCCCAGCCUGGGGCCGCCCCGACGGCCGUGUGUGCAGUGCUGCCCACCCGCCUGGCCCCCCGCCGCCCCCGGCCCCUAUGCCCGCAGGAGCGAUGGGGAGCGGUGGGUGCAGCCGCCUCGCAUGCGGCCUACCAUCGACGUGUCGAUUCUCAAAGGUGAGAAGGGCGAGACGGGGGUCAGAGGUCCCUCCGGCAGGAGCGGGCAGGAGGGCCCGCCGGGCUCCCGGGGCCUUCGGGGCCGCAAGGGCCAGAAGGGGCAGGCGGGGCUGCCCGGCACCGCAUGUCGGCGCGCCUACGCGGCCUUCUCGGUGGGCCGGCGCGAGGGCCUGCACGGCACCGACGGCCUCCGGGCCGUGCCCUUCGACACGGAGCUGGUGAACCUGGACGGGGCCUUCGACCUGGCCUCGGGCCGCUUCCUGUGUGCCGUGCCCGGCGUCUAUUUCCUGAGCCUCAACGUGCACACCUGGAACUACAAGGAGACUUACCUGCACAUCAUGUGCAACCGGGAGGCCACGGCCGUGCUGUACGCGCAGCCCAGCGAGCGCAGCGUCAUGCAGACCCAGAGCCUGCUGCUGCCCCUGGCCGCCGGUGAAACCGUCUGGGUGCGCCUGUUCCACCGAGACCGCGACAAUGCCAUCUACGGCGAGCCCGGCGACCUCUACAUCACCUUCAGCGGCCACCUGGUCAAGCCGGCCGCAGAGCUCUAGCGGCCCGGGGAGGGCCCCCCCCCCAAGGCCCAGCCCUCGGCAGCACCCUUCCCCCAGACACCACCCGGCUCCACCCCACCUUCGAAGCUGAGAGGCCACGCCGGCAGUCUUUGAGGCCCGAGUGUAUGCAGUGUUUGAGCAUCGGCUGCAUGCAGGCCCUGAGCAGAGCGCCAGAGAUGUGGCUGCAGCCAGACAGACUCGGGGCCUAGCCUGGAGGGGAGGGACACGAUCGAGUGUUCCCAUCAACGAGUUCGGGAUGAGACCUGCGGUCCGGGUGGCGUGGGGUGGGCCUGGUGGGCCGUGGAGGGGCGGGCGGGGCGGGCGGGGCGGGCGGGGUCUGCCCUUGAGGUGGAGCUAUCUUUUCUGCCUAUAAAGGGCCAAGAGAGACACCACUGCUGUGGGGACAUGUACAAAGCGUCCGCUGGCUGGGCACCGGGGAGGCGGAGAGGGGGGUCAAAUAUAGGUCCCGCCCCCUCAGAGCUGACUCCCACGAGAGGCAGGCCGUAUCCCAGGGUGUGAGAGGGGGGCCAAGGCCAGAGACGGGAUGGCAUCGAGCAGGGUGGGGUGUGGGUUUGGCCUGGGGGUGAGAGUCUUCCUGGGGGUGACACGGGCCCAGCUCUGGUGGGCGGAUGUUCGGGGACUCCCGGCACCCCCUCGUCCGUUUGGAUGGAGGAGGGAGGUCAUACCUACCUGUGUGCCAGAGCCCCGGGGGGGGGGGGUGCCCAGACCCCCAUCGUCACAUCGAACUACAAGGCCCUACAGGCAGGGGUGGAGGUGGAGGGUAGCCGUGCUCACGCCAGAGGAGGGCUCUGUGCACCCCAGGGUUAGAGCCUCCAGGCUGCCCGCCCCCCACAGGCCAUUCAGAGUCUGUUGCUUCCCCGGUGCGUGUCCCCCUGGCCUGGGCCUUCGGCUGUCCCCUCCUCUAGCCUCACGGCCCGCAGCGCCUCUCCGAAUGUCUUCCCGCAGCUGCCCCGCCCAGGCGAGGAUCCUGGGGCGAUGAGACCACGGAGGCCCUGGGUAGAGCAGCGUCUGGUCCCCCCAGAGCCGGACAGGCUGACUCAGGUCCCGGCUGUGCUGAGGGGGCUGGAGCUCAGGCGGGCUGUACUCGCAGGACACGUCAGAGCCUUGUAGAAGGAAGGUCCGUAGGCCCCUGGCCACG